AAACAAACAUUGAUGUUACUAAGCAGUCGGGACGCGAAAGAGCACAGUCUAGGUGGACUAUGCUUGGGAAAUGUUGCAAUGCUCGCGUACUCCAUGGUUAUCGCACAUGGAAUGAGUUCUAGUGUGUACUGUGACGAUUUCUUUUGAAGUAUUUCGGUUGAAGAAGGUGUCAAACAACCGGCAAGAUGUAUUACUCUUCGGAGAGUUCGGAUAGUGAGAACACGGCGGAGUCUCAUAGCCUGGACUUCUCCUACCUGAUGCUGGACACGGACUCUCUCGCGAUGCAUCUGAGGAACAGCGUGCGCGAGCAGCAGCUGAACAGACAAGAACAGGUCAAACAAUUCGUUACGGCAUGUGAUAAAUCAACGGAAACUAGUCAGUCGAACUGUGAUAGUGGCACAAGGCCGCGGAAUUCUGAGCCUAGACAAGAUAUGGACUACAUGAUGGCCAGACUAGUCGUUUCUUCUGCCAAGGCUGACGACCAGGACGAGGAUAGUGGUUGUGAUGCAGUCACUGAGAAGUUGUUCUUGCAGCACAACAUGCUUUUAACAUUACCCUUUGAAGUAGUUAAGUUUACCAAUCUGAAGAUGCUAGAUCUGUCUAACAACAGCUUGACACAUGUGAAUGACUUCGUGUUGCAUCUUCCGGAGUUGCAAACCUUGUAUCUCCGCAACAACAGUUUGACAGAUGAUUCACUACCUAAAGAACUGUCAACUCUCUCAAAACUAAGAGAACUUAAUCUGAGCGGGAAUCAGUUCACUGUGGUGCCAAGCCAACUCUAUGAGAUGAGUACGUUGAAGUACCUGUACCUCGGAAACAACAUGAUAACAGAAGUCUUACCAGACAUCAGAGCCAUGCAAGGAUUGCAAGUGCUUCAUCUUGGGGGAAACUGCCUGGAGUCCGUCCCAGAUGAGUUGGGGGAACUACAGCAGCUCGGAGCACUAGUGUUGUGCGACAACCGCCUGUGUAAUCUUCCCCGAGCAAUCUCAAAUCUCACACGCCUGCGCUCUCUUCUCCUGCACAAAAAUAAUCUGUGCUGUCUUCCUGUUGGGGCCGUCAAGCUAAGAAGUUUAACGGAGUUGAGUCUUCGAGACAACCCCCUCGUCACACGGUUCGUCAAUUCUUGUGCACGGGAACUCAUGUACAACUCGCCCACACUGCUGGAGCUGGCUGCCCGGGUUAUAAAGCUGAAGAAGAUUCAGUAUACAAAUGAGGAUCUCCCACAAACCCUUAUUACAUAUUUGAGUUCCGGACAGAGAUGUGUAAAUCCCAAAUGCAAAGGCAUGUACUUCACAUCCUGCGUGGAACAUAUAAAAUUCGUUGACUUCUGCGGAAUGUACAGAGUGCCUUUAAUGCAUUACCUGUGUUCGUCACGUUGCUCCUCUAAGACGCCAGCUUACUACCGAGCAUCAUCUUCAGAGUCUGAGAGCGAAGAAGAUGAACAACCAGCUGCUAGAAUGAAGAGAGUUUUGCUGGGAUAAAUUUGAUCUGCGAGUGUUUUGCAGCCUAAGACUUGUUAGACUGCAUGUGAUGGGAAAAUGGACAGUUGAGAGGUAGUAUUGAGCCUCAUUGGUAUUGAGAUAAGUGAAAAGUCCUUAGUGAUGUGUGGUGUGUUAUACCUUUGUUACAGAUGAUGGUAGAAGUGAUUAAAGACUUAUUGCCAGAUAAUCUCAAGGGGUGGGAGUUUCUGAUGAAGAGAGAUUGUAGCUGUGUUCAUGUGGAAAAAUCCAUUACUGUUUGACCUAUCUCUAUGGUUCCAAGUCCAAUAUGGAAGACUAGAUUUACUUUUUUAAUGCCUAAUUGUUUGCAGUAUUUCAUCUCUGAUUAUCAUACAUCUGCCACAAGUUAGAGUAGAACAUGAAAAAUACAUGAUAUUCAAAGAACAUUUUUAUAAUUGUUUUAUGAUAUGAAAUAUGAUAUAUGUGAAAAGGAUGUGAUUCAUCAGAAUAUGUGUACUAAAAGUUUGGUAGCAAAGCAUUUUUUUUUUUUUUUUUUUUUUUUUUUUUUUAUUGCUUAUACAGAAAGGAAUAUUUGUUAUGUCACAUUACAGCAGAAUAGAUUUCCAUAACAUAAAUUCUCAGGAAUGAGAUUGAACCAUCAUCACUCUCUCUCUCUCUCUCUUUCUUUCUUUCUUUCUUUGAAUUGCAAGUGGAAGUAAGGAAAUAUCACUUUUUCUGUCUAGUCUUCAAAUAUGAAGAAAACAGUAAAUUUAAUAUUUGAUUAUUUAAAAUUGGAGUUUGUUCAUUGGUAGCUAUAGUUCAUGUACAAGUUAUCAAUACUGUGCAACUUUAUUUUGAAUAUUUUUUUUUUUUUUUUUUCAAACAGUUCUGUCAGUGAAGGAAAAGGUGAAGUCAUUGCAACUAAUCCUGUAGUGAGGAAUAUACACUGAGAGAAUUGUGCAUAUGGUCUUACUCUUCCAAGUCAGUCUUUGUUAAGCAGUUUCAGAUAGAACUAAUAUAAACACAAAUUACAGUCCUUACUCAAAAGUGCCAAAUUUUGCUAGAAUAUGAAUAGCUGUAGAUUUAAUUAUAUACAUAUAUAUGUACUCUACGUAUACAUAAUUAGGAUGAUAAUGAAGGUCAUUUGCUAAAAGUAUACUGCAGUGGAAAGUAGAACUAUAAAACCUUUAACAUUGUCAUUCUCUUAUAGGUCAGAUGACAUCAAUAUGUCAGGUCAACAGUAUUGCAAGAAAAUAUAUUUUAAUCAGGUAUUAAAAGUAUUUUCUCAGAUUUGAUAAGAUUUUUGUCAACUUUUGGAUAACCAUAUUAGUUGGAAGAGCUUCUUUUAAGGUGCGGUUACGUGGGAAAGAUAACAUGUAGGGUAGUAGCACCAUGUGCAUAGGCCAAUAUAUUCUCAUACACACACUUGGUCUACUAGAUUUAAUUUCUCUGAAUUAACCUGAGAUGGUGUCUCUUCUGAACAAUUCUGUCCAUGUGCUUGAACCCAGUUGAUGCAUGUAGGAAUCUGCAAGAAGAACAACAAAGGGAAGUGCAGGAAAACACAUGAAUAUGCCGAAGGACUUUUUACAUUUACUGCUUCAUCAGGGCAUAGUAAAUGUAAAAAGGCCUUCGGCAUAUUCAUGUGUUUUCCUGCACUUCCUUUCGUUGUUCUUCUUGCAAUUGGUUCAACAUGAAUUCCACAUGUAGGAAUCUGCAACAUAAUGUCCACAUCUUAGGAGAACUUUUAUAUUAUCAGAGAUUUGUUAGUGAUGAAAUGCUCUUGUGACCGUGCCUUUAGAUAAUGCUAACUGGUUUUUGCUUAUGUUUUCUUUUCAUCUCAUUUACCAAAAGUUUUAGUGUAAACUGCCAGCUGUGUGUAUUUCAAAUACUAUGCAAGUAAUUGAUCACUGCCAACAGUAACUGUGGAAACCUGAGUGGAAAGCUAUGGGGUGGUAACUUAUGAUCACAGUAGAAGUAUUUUAAUAUGUUCUUUCUGUGUUGACAUAUUAGUUGUUGUUUUUUUUGCAAUUACUCUUUUGACAUGUUAUAUAGUGAGAGUUGUAGGCUAUUAGGAUUAAGGUAUAUUUCAGAAUAACAGCAAAUACAUUUUUGUUGAGUCAGGCAUCAGUGUGGACACAAAUACAAAGAAUUUUUUCAUUAGAAUUUCAUUGUUUGAAAUUUAUAACAGUCGUUAUUUUAUAAUUAGAAUUACAUUUUCAUUUAUAUAACCAGUAACUGCAAUUAACAAUAAUUGAACUAUUUCAACUAGUUUGAACUAGGUAUUGCAGCAAAUCUUCAAAGAGGCAUAUUUAAUAUCUAAGAACACUGAACAGAACCAAGAAUCUACAUGUUCCCCACUUGCCCAUCAUCUUUAGAAGUUUGAUUAUUUAUGACAGUUUAUGGUAAUCACACAUUGUAUGUGCUGUUAUCUUCUACAGUUUUUCAGUGUAGAUAUGUCUGCAAACAGUCUUCCAAUUUUUCUUGUGUCGAUUAAAACCUGAGCAUAAGUAGACAUAGUAAUCAAAUAAUGUCCAUUUCACCCAACAUCUGCAAGCUUUAAUAACAUUAAAAAUAAUUGAUUAUGCGCAUAAAGUUAUUAAUUAGGUAAAUUUUGAGAUAGUGAAAAGGAGUUUCUGGUCAUCAGCUAGUACUUACCAACCAAACACCAUGAAUAUGAAUGGUGUCAGAAUCCUCAUAGAUGUCAUAUUUAUCUUCUGACAUGAAGACGAAAUCCAGAAUGAUUAGAAAACUGUUGUCUCAUCUUUCAUGAAAAUUAUUUUAUGUAUAGUGGAUUUCUCUGUCAUUGCAUCUACAGCAGUUAAAGUUCAGUCAUUCAUGUUUGGAGUGUUUAUAUUUUGAACAGUAUUAAUUUUUCUCAGAAAGAAGAUAAGAAAAAUAUAACUAGUAGCCUAAAACUCUCAAAAUUUGCCUUCUGUAACCAGUGUUCUGUAUCAUUCCUUCAUAUCUGUUUUUAUGUAUUUGUAUAUUAUUUCAACCUUAACUGUAUCCAAUUUGUCAUAUUUUAUAGUGUUGUUUUAUUACUCUUAGGCUAAUGUUUUUGAGUUAUGGAGACAUAUAGUAAAAGUUAUAUUUUAUUAGUUGUAGAAAUAUUACACCGCUGUUUUUCACCAAUAAGGAUGAAAAAUAAGGAACGCAUACUUUGUAAACUGUGAUUAGGGAAUUAUAGAAAUUUAUUAGUGAUAAAGAAUAAAUACUAACCAUUAAGACAGAAAUCAAACAUUAUUUGUAUGAAAAUGUAUUGUAUAUUUUUUCUUUUCUUUUUUUUUUGAUAGAAAAGAACAAAAUAAACAAUUUAGUUUUUCUA